GAAAUUGGUUUUGGUUACCUGGCUCGCAGAGCACAAUUUGUUCUGUUGAAAUUUUUUGGUGGAAAUCAUGUGCUUUUGCUUCAAGAAAUUGAUAUUUUUACAAAUUUUUGUGCUUAUCGUGUUAAUUGGAUCGAGCCAUGAGCAAGGUUUUGGUGGUCCAAUUGACGCAAAAUCCACCAAAUCGCAAACAACUACAGCUCAAACUACAGUACCCCCACCGGAAACUACAGCUGCCUCAGAAGUUCAUGCGACCACUUCUGACACAAAUCGAAUUUCAAUACUCAUUUCUCUUUUUUCUUUAUCUAUAAUCCAACUGUUUCCGUUUUUAUAAUUGAAUUCUCAAUGAUAUAAACCUAAACCAAUUUCAAA